AUGCCGUAUUUAACCGUACAAACAAAUGUUGCUGAUAGUCAAGUUACAAAUGAUUUUCUUAAACAACUUAGUGCAAAAGUAGCACAAUCAUUGGGUAAACCUGAAACUUAUGUUGCUGUUCAUGUCGUAGCAGGUCAAAAAUUAUUCUUUUCUGGUACCAAUGAUCCAGCCGCAGUUAUGGAACUUACUUCAAUUGGACUACCAACGAAUAAAACAGCCAGUAUUAGCAAAGAAAUUAUGAGUCUUUUUGAAGAAAAAUUAAAUAUUCAAACAAGUCGAAUCUAUAUUAAAUUUACAAAUAUAGCUGGCAACAUGAUGGGUUGGGAUAAAGGAACAUUUUAA